AUACCAUAACAUCCAUAUGGCGACUCUGUAUUCUAUGAACAUCAAAAUAGCAGUUUUAUUACAUGUAUUUGUAUGUUCUCAGCUGAAAUUCACCUACGAAAAAGAUGUUUUCCAUACAUUGCAAAAUGGCGAAUCAACUGACGAUGAAAUCAUUACAUCAUUUAAACGCCACCAUAUGUUAAAGAAAAGACAGAUUAGUAACUCUAGCAGUGGUAUAUUCCGUACCGCUGACAAUCAAGACUUUAACAAAACAAAAUCUAACGAAACUCCACAAUACACUGGAAAUGUAGUAAUCGAGAAUCAUGGAUAUUACACUUCAAAAGUAAUAACAAAACCCCCUGAUUUCAACGAAUACUGGGUUGACCUGAACAAUGCAAAAGGACACGAAGAUCUUGUAAAGGAGUAUAGAAAGGCUAUUCGGGUUAACCUGAACUUUGAAUUCAGAUUUUAUGGCAAUAAUGUUACCAAGAUAUAUAUUGCCAACUCAGGAUUCUUAAGUAUGGCCCAAUUUCCACAUCAAUAUCUCACAGCCACACAGUAUAUUGCGCCACUGAUGGCAAACUUCGAUCCAACUAUCAGUGAAGGUUCAAAUAUUUUCUAUAAAGAUUUUGGUGAUAGGUUUGUAGUGGAAUGGAAAAAUCUUUAUCUCCAAGACAAGAAUGACACAACGCCUUUCCACUUUCAAACAACACUUCACGCCAAUGGCACAAUAUAUUUUGCGUACAAACAGAUACCAGUAGAAGUGUCUGAAAUUGACACAAACAAUCAUCCCGUUAAAGUGGGCGUGUCUGAUGCAUAUUACAUGGAUUUCACUAGACAAGGUGUAAAACGACGGACCAUAUACGAAUACAACCGCUUGGAGAUCGACUUUAAGCUGGUUCGGUCAGGGACAGUCGUCAUUUUGAUCCCGUUGAAAACCUGUAAUAUUGCCAAGGAUUGUACAACUUGUUUAACUCAGGACGAUUCGUUCGAUUGUAAAUGGUGUCCAAUGGUUGGUAGAUGUUCCGAUGGCCUUGAUUGGCUGAGACAAGAAUGGCUUGAUCAAGAUUGUGACAGAAAGGCAUUUGAUGACUCAGGAAAAUGCAAUAUUUCUGCAAAAGAACCGGAAAACAACACCCUUUCAUCAUAAAAACAAAGUAUGAUACAGACACCACCAUGUUCCUUGGAUGAUGGUCACGAUGGUUUUCUAAAUCAUUUCAGUAUAAAUAACUAUUUUCAAAGUAAAAAUAUGGCAUUCUACUGGUUUGAUUUAUUAUUCGAACAGCAAUAUUUGCACUAGAAAUAUUUGCUGUAAUCAACACGAAGGAAACUUUUUAGUGUACAUACUGUGCAAUCCCGAAUUAGAACAUGGAGAAUGUUUUCCCCCCAAAAUAUCUUUCUUCGAGUUGACUUUUCGCUAAAGCACAUUGCUACUAAACAAAUUGCAGGAUUUCUCUUUAUAUAUAUACUUUUUGUUAUU